AUGUUGGUCACAGUUGCACUCCUCAUCUUCGUCACUCCUUCGUCUCAAACGGCGCCCACGAUAGAAGAGUUUCUUACUAAACCAAUUCCUGAAGAGGCAGAAGAACUGACAGGUGAAGCACUGGUGGAGUAUGUGAACAAACACCAGCCGUUCUUCAAGGUCGAGUAUUCCGGAGUAGCAGAGCAGCGAAUGAGAAACUUGAUGAGUAUGGAAUUCGUAGAAAAAUCUGGACAAAACCAUGGAUUAUUGACAACAGCGGAUUCGAUUAGCAACAAGGUCACAAUUCCUGAAAGGGAAUGUGGAGUCGACGAGCUAGCUUAUACACUGGGAAAGUGCGCUUAUGCACAGGAAAGUGGAGUCGGCGUGAUUGAGCCGCUAGCCGCGACAUAA